AUGACACUGAAGUUUACGGACUAUAUAGAGCAGAAGAUCCUGGGCAUCGGCCCCAGAGGAAAGUGUCCAAACUCCGACUCCAGCAGCAGGGAAUUCUGUAUCUUCGAGGCACCCAGAAACAAUCAGGAGGCCAAAUAUCUAGCCCCGUACCAGGAAGGAAAAGUAGGGGGACAGAGCACACAGACCAGGGGGAAUUUAUGGUGGUAUUCAAGGGGCAUUUGUAUAGGCUUAGAAGCCUGGUGGGCAGGUCUAAAGCAACAGCCAGAUCAAGGAAAAACAUAUUACGGCGAAUCCUGUAAGCCUAAGAAGGCACAGGCGAGGGCUAUGGGAACAGCUACAGGCUCGGACUGUGAGAUACCGAGUCAAAAUUUGCAGUGGGCGCAAUGGCAUAAAAGGAGAGAGAUAAGCACAUGGAAUCCCAGUGCGAGGUAUUUAGGGGUCUGCAUGGAUAUAGUCUCGAUGAUCUUGGAGAACUUUCAGAUGUAUACCCCAAAGCGGCCAAAGGAGGCCACGGGAUUGAAUACAGAUCCUUGUCAGGCAUUAUAUGAGUCCCUAGAGAAAUGGGGGGGGGGAAGAAAGGGCUGCGCGUAUAAUGGAAGAUUGGGGAAAGAUCUGUAUGAAGUAGUUACUGAGUUGUUCUACGGGGAUGAUCAGGGAGAGAAAAAUGUAUAUUGCAAAUUAUUACCAAGAGGUGACCAAGCCUCUCAGGACUCAGGAGGAAAGUAUAAAUUAGAAGUCCAGAAGGGUUAUGAGUUCAAGACAUGCAGCGCAGGUGCAGAUGCUUGUGAGCAGCUAGAAGAAUACAAAAACUCCGUAGCUGAGUCGCUUCAUGAAGGAGGAGUUCCUGAUAGCUUAAUAUCUUCAGCAACAUCCACCAGUUCUUAUGCAGGGAGCUUUUCAAGGGCGGACGCGGGAAACGGGCAACGGAAUUCCGGAGUCUCAGCCAAUGAGGAUGAUAUGAGUGAGCAUUAG